GUCCAAUCAGCGGAGGGAUGCCGCUGUAAGCCCCGCCCCUCCUCCUGUCACCGUCUCCGUUAAUCCGCCUCUCGUCUCUGCAGGCAUCAUGGCGGAAAUCAAGACGGGAAUCUUCGCUAAGAACGUGCAGAAGCGGCUGAACAGAGCGCAGGAGAAGGUUCUGCAGAAGUUGGGAAAAGCAGACGAGACCAAAGAUGAGCAGUUUGAACAAGUAGUCAUCAACUUCAGGAGGCAGGAGUCUGAAGGCUCUCGGCUGCAGAGAGAAAUGAAGUCCUACAUGUCUGCCAUUAAAGGGAUGCAGCAGGCCUCCAUCAACCUGACUCAGUCUCUGCACGAAGUGUACGAACCGGACUGGCACGGAAAAGAUGACGUUCUAACCAUCGGAAAGGACUGUGAUGCAUUGUGGGAGGACUUUCAUAACAAACUGGUGGACUCGACGCUGCUGAACCUGGACGCGUACUUGCAGCAGUUUCCAGACCUCAAGACACGUGUGGCCAAACGAAGCCGCAAGCUCAUUGACUAUGACAGCGCUCGGCAUCACGUAGAAACUCUGCAGGCAUCUGGGAUGAAGAACGACCGCAAGAUGAUGAAGGCUGAAGACGAGUUGAAAAAGGCUCAGAGAGUGUUUGACGAGCUGAACGUCGGUCUGCAGGACGAACUGCCGACUCUGUGGGAUUGCCGAGUUGGUUUCUACAUCAGCACCUUUAAGUGUGUGACGAGUCUGGAAGCAAAGUUUCACCGUGAGAUCUCUCUGGUGUGCAGGCAGUUGUAUGAAGUGAUGACCCAGCUGGCUGAGCAGCACUCGGACAAAAUGUUCACCAUCCAAGGAGCACCGAGUGACUCAGGACCACUACGACUCGCCAGGACCCCGUCUCCACCUGAAGACGAGAGUCCACCGGACAGUCCAGAUGCCAGCUCCAAUCACAUGCUCCGCCCCGUCUCACCUGGACCACCACGCCCCAAAUCCCCCACACAGCUUAAAAAGGGACCGCCUGUGCCUCCACCACCAAAGGUCACCCCCACCAAAGAGGUUGCAGAGGAGCAGAUCAUUGACCUGUUUGGGGGUGAAUUUUUACCUGCACCUUCACCAUCGCAGCCCAAUGAACGGCCAGGAGAGUCUCUGCUCGAUCUAGACUUUGAUGCUUUUCAGCCAGAUGAAAGUGUUUCUCCGAUACCACAGACUGCUGUACCUUGGGAUAUGUGGUCGGCCGAUGCCCAAGCUGCUCAGCCUGCUGCAGACUCCGGCUUCGUAGCUGACUGGGCCGCUGACUUCGGUUCAAUGUCAGGAAAUGAAGAUGCUGGUUCAGGAGUGGAGGCCCCCGCUGCCCCUGGGGCCCCUGCUGCCCCUGGGGCCCCUGCUGCCCCUGGGGCCCCCUCCAUAGUGCCAGAAGGGAUGCAGGGUGAGACUCAGAGCUGGCAGCCCGGUGGAGACACAACGACACCCAUCCAGGACAGUGAGGCCAGGGCAGCUGAAGAUGAGGUGACCAGUGCAUUUAAUGGAUUUUCACAGGAUGCUGCUGCCCCAUCAUUUUUUGCUGACUUUGAUAAGAUGAAUGAAGUGAACAGUGAGUCAGCUGAGCCUCCUGAGGCCUCAGAAACACCAACUGCUGGUCCAACAGAGCCUGCAGAGGAACAAGACAAGCCUCCACUUGCCCCUGCUGGAGGAGAGGAGGAUGAGCAUACACCUCCUCCUGCUGGAGAGGAACCUGUACCUCCAUCUGUGGGAGGAGAGGUGGAGGAAACUCCAGCUCCUGCUGCUGGGGAGGUGACGGAGGAAGCCGGAUCUCCUCCUGCCGGUGGGGAAGAUAAGCAUAUAACUUCAGACAGCCCAAAGGAGGAGAAACCUGCUUCAACAGUUGAAUCUCCAGGCUCUCAGAAGGCUGAACUCAGUCAGAUUCCUCCUGCUGAAGAUCCCAAAACUUCUCCAGGUGAAGCAGUUCCAGCGGAAAACAUGCCGAUCCCAUCUGUUGUGAUUGAACCUGCUUCAAGCAAUGAAGGUGAUGAUGAUCGGGAUGCUGACAUCAUCUCUCCCACCGCCGUCAGUGACAACGGCAUGGCAACUGAAAACCAGACGAUGAAACACAUGAGUCCAUCUGGAGGAGUGUCGGGACUGCCUGAUGACUUUCUUUACAAGGUGGAGACCAUGCAUGACUUUGAAGCUGCAAAUUCAGAUGAACUGGAACUGAAGAGAGGUGACGUGGUGUUGGUGCUUCCCACUGCUUCAGUAGAGGAUCAGGAUGCUGGCUGGCUCACAGGGAUCAAAGAAAGUGACUGGUUAACCCUUGGAGUUGGUGCUCAAAAAGGACUUUUCCCAGAGAACUUUACCCAGCGUUUAGACUAAGAAGUUUCUUCAUGUGUUGGAAAAAUAAGUAGAAAUCUUCGUCCAAGCCAUUGAGUCAGCAUGUAGCCAACCACUUUCCUGAAAAAACCUUUUAACCUGCUGCAGCUGUCUGCUGGACAACAUGAAGCUCAACUAAAACUAACAGUCAUGUUAAUAAAAUCUAGUACUCCUCCCAGCAUAACUGAUCAUUAUAAGCAUGAUGCGUAGUAUGUUCUACCCUCCUCUGAAAGUGAGACAUAAUUUUUGUUCAAAGAAAAAUAUUGAUGUGUGGUUUAUUGGGAAUGUUGCAAUCUGUACAUAUUCACUCCAACUGAAAGUCUGACAAUUGUUGCUGAAGAAAACAAAUCAACAAAAAGAGACAAACUGUAUCAACUUUGCACCAAGUGUGUUGUAAUGAAUUUGUUGCUUUUCUGUGGUUUAACAGAAACUAGUGCUGUGAUCUAUUUAAAUGUUCUUGAGUGUAACAUGAAAUUUGUUUUUCGGACAUGUCAUUGCUGUUAAUCUUGAAUCGCUUUUGGUGUGUUCUGUAGUAUCAUUGUUGAGUGUGUGUGAUGAUUGGUCUUUUCUUUGUCAUUUGUGGUGAAGAAUUGAUGCCGUGAAGAGUGUUGCUGUGUUUUUGCCAAGAGAAUCCUGACAUCUAUUAUCUGUUACAGUCGUCACAUAUCUGAGCAUUGGAAAACAAACUAGUGCUCACCCAGCAUGAAACUGUUGACUAAAUCUUUUAAUAAAGUACAUAUUCCGAGAUGAAAAAUAAAAUAUCUCCACUAUUAAAAUAGA